UGAAAUUGUUCCGACUUGGGUGAUGGGUUCAUUGGCAGCAAGUUUGAGUUUUGCUUUUACAUCGUCUCCCGACCCGUUUAGACUGUGCUGUUCUUUUGGGGAUAAGCCCUCUGUUUCCGUUCACUCUUUUUCACUUAUCCAUGGCAGCAGCAGCAGCAGCAGCAGCAGCAGCAGCCCCGGCUCUCUCUUCCUCUCUUCUCUCACUCUUCCCGCACCCACUCCGUCCUCUUCCUUCCUCUUCCUCAGACCCUUAAAACUUUCUCUCUCCCGCUCAUUCUCCCUCCCUUUCGCUGACACCAAUGCCAAAGCGUCCGACAUCGACACUUCCUUCUUCGACAACGUCAACCCCGAAGAAGACGUGGUCUUUGACCCUCCAACGCCCCCAGAAGGGUUCACCCCACCACCUUCUUUUGACGAUGGCCCCGACGAAACCGAAGACGAAAUCGGUGCCUAUGAGGAGCUCUACGGCCCAGCCUACAGUGGAGUCUCCGUUUUAGGCAACGAUGUUUACGUGAUGGACUCUAAAGUGAAGAAAACAAGUGCGUUUGGGAAAGUUAAGAAAGAGAAGGUAAGGGAUGGCUUUGAGGAAAGAGUGGUUCAAGUUAGGAGAGUUACUAAAGUGGUUAAAGGAGGGAAACAAUUGCAUUUCAGAGCUAUUGUUGUGGUUGGUGAUAAGCAAGGACAAGUGGGUGUUGGGGUUGGGAAAGCUAAGGAAGUUAUUGCUGCUGUCCAGAAAUCGGCUGUGAAUGCUAGGAGGAAUCUUAUCACUGUUCCUAUGACAAAGUAUUUGACUUUCCCACACCGAUCUGAGGGUGAUUUUGGGGCAGCAAAGGUGAUGCUUAGACCUGCUUCACCUGGUACUGGAGUGAUUGCAGGAGGUGCUGUGCGAAUUGUUCUUGAAAUGGCAGGUGUUGAGAACGCUUUAGGUAAGCAAAUUGGAAGUAAAAAUGCCCUUAACAAUGCCAGAGCCACAGUUGUUGCAGUGCAGAAAAUGAGGCAGUUCCGUGACAUUGCUCAAGAACGAGGGAUCCCCAUGGAAGAGCUGUGGAAGUGAUGGUCCUGUAAGCAGCUUCACCUUUUACCCUCAUCCUCUUCUGGCAAUGUAGAUUCUGUACAUGAGGCUUUGGUACUAUAAGUCAACCAACUACAAGAUUUAGACAUUUCUUUUGUUGAUUAUAAUUGAUGCUUUGCCUUUUAAUCUUUUGAAAAUUUGUUUCCAAUUAACGUUACUCUGAGCUUCUAUUAACAUUUUCCUUUUCUAUA